CCUACCUCUGGCUACUUCAUAGCAUGGGCAGGGUGUUUGGAUUUGGGUCAGCAGAACCACCAGGGAGAACCCUCCACCUUGUGUCCUCUUUUUACCUAGAAGUUCCACAAUGGACAUGAAGUCGCCAGUAUCACCACAGCAGUCGGAGUCCAACCCGGUUGGUGCCCUGCAGGAGCUGGUGGUGCAGAAGGGUUGGCAGCUCCCUGCAUAUACUGUCACUCAGGAGUCAGGGCCAGUGCACAGCAAGGAAUUCACCAUGGCCUGCUGGGUUGAAAGGUUCAUUGAAAUAGGAAGCGGCACCUCCAAAAAAGUGGCCAAGCGCAACGCUGCAGCCAAGAUGCUGGUGCGGAUUCGUAACGUGCCUCUGGACCUGCGAGAGGGCAGUGAGGCCAAAACGGAGGAAGACCAGCUCUCUAUUGUGAGUCUGAGCGGAACCAAGGGUCGGGUGUCUGGCUGCACCUGGGACUCUCUGCGCAACUCAGUGGGGGAGAAAAUUCUGCACCUCAAAAGCCAUCCCCUGGGAGUGCCGAAUCCUGGGUUCUGUCGCCUCUUGCAAGAGCUGUCUGAAGAACAGAGCUUUGAUAUUAGAUACCUUGACAUUGAUGAGAUGAGUUCAAGCGGCCUGUACCAGUGCCUGGUGGAGCUCUCGACACAGCCAAUCGUGGUGUGCCAUGGCUCGGCCAUGUCCCGCUAUGCCACGUAUGCAGAUGCUGCCUGCAAUGCCCUUCAGUGCCUGAAGAUCCUGGUAGGGGGCAAGCGUGGCCACACGGAAGACUUGGGCACCUGGGAAGCCCCAAAAUAG